UGUGUUUUAGUAUCUCAUUAUAAAUGCAGAGAGCAACCUAUCUGAUGCAACAGAACAACCCAUUGCACUGUCUCAGACAGCUUAUUAUCUGUCCUCUAGCCAUUGCCUAUUUCUGACAGAGUAUGAAAUAACACAAGGUAUGACACACAAGCAAAAAGUUUCUACCUUAACUGAGAUGCACAUUCUCUUGUCUUGUAUGUUCUGAGUUUGACAAUAAAGAUAUUAGCCUUCUAUUCAUCACCUGUCAUACUGUUGCAGGUUGAACUUGCAUAUGAGUUCUAAUAUUUCUUUACAUACCUCUGUGAAGCACAAUGGAAGCUAAGAUCCCUGUAGGAAGAGCUGUUCGUUUAGCUAGUUUAUUGUUGCAACUUUAUUUUUUCAUAGCUUGAUGGUGGAUUUUUCUGUUUUCCUGGAACAUUUAACUUCAGCUAUACAUAAAUUGAAUGAAGCAACAUUAGACAAGCUGACAGGAUGUAUAAGUUUAAAGGAAUGUUUUCCAUUAACUUAUUUUACAUUUUUCUAGGCCAGAAAAUAACGAACAUUGACUGGCACUCUAAGCUAAAUAAAGCUGCACACCACACAUCUGAUUACAACAGCACGCAAGUGAUCUUGAGGAGAGGACAGGCUUUCACUAUUACCCUAAACUUCCAAACAACAGUGCAACCUGAGGACAACUUCACAUUUAUUGCAAGCACAGGACUAUCUUCAGCAGAAUCACAGCAGACCAAGGUCAUAUUUCACCUUUCUGAGGAUGCUGCCAAUGGCUGGAGUGCAACCCAAGAGCACUGUGAGCCUGGCUGCAUGAGUCUCGUGAUAACCAGCCCUGCCAAUGCCAUCAUUGGACGAUACAAACUCAAACUCCAGAUUGCUUCUGGCAACAAGACCUCUUCAGCACUCCUAGGCCAGUUUGUGUUACUCUUCAAUCCCUGGUGUCCAAAUGACGAUGUCUAUAUGGCUAAUGAAAAGGAGCGACAGGAGUAUGUUCUGAAUGACAGCGGAAUCAUAUUUCAGGGAAAGGAAAAAUAUAUUCAGCAAGAAGCCUGGAAUUAUGGACAGUUUGAAGAAGACAUCCUUGAUAUAUCUCUGUCUAUACUGGAUCGAAGCCUGAACCACUGCCAAGAUCCAUCCACUGAUGUAUCCAACAGGAACGAUCCCAUCUAUGUGUGCAGGGUUAUUAGUGCUAUGGUUAACAGCAAUGAUGAAAAGGGAGUAGUGGAAGGGAAGUGGAGUGGAAACUAUCGCUCAGGAACCAACCCCUUGCACUGGAGUGGAAGCGUGACCAUCCUUCAAAAGUGGUACAGAGGGAGAUACAAACCCAUCCGGUACGGCCAGUGCUGGGUCUUUGCAGGAGUUAUGUGCACAGUUCUGAGAUCGCUGGGAAUACCUACCCGUGUUAUUACAAACUUUAACUCUGCCCAUGAUAGUAAUAUCAACCUGAGUAUUGACAAAUACAUCGAUGUUUCUGGAAAGACCCUGCACCUGACUGAAGACAGCGUGUGGAAUUUCCAUGUCUGGAAUGAGAGUUGGUUUACUAGAAGAGAUCUUGGAUCUUUUUAUGAUGGAUGGCAGGUUUUAGAUGCAACACCCCAGGAAAAAAGCAAAGGCAUCUAUCAAUGUGGCCCAGCUUCCACCAGAGCCAUUAAGGAAGGACAUGUGAACCUGGAUUAUGACAGCUCAUUUGUGUUCGCAGCAGUGAAUGCUGACUGUGUCACUUGGAUUCAGCACAGCAACAAAAGGAAGGAGAGAAUUUACUCCAAUACCAGGAAGAUUGGAAAAUUUAUUAGCACCAAAGCAGUGGGCACCAACACCCGAGUGGAUGUCACUGAUAAUUACAAAUAUCCAGAAGGAUCCUCCAAAGAAAGGCAGGUGUACAAAAAAGCACUGAAGCUGCUGGGUGUGAGAAACACUGGAAGAAGAAAAAAAGUUACAAAACCCAGGACACGAUUUCCAGUAGCACGGAGACAAAAUAUGGCAGCAACCACACGAAAACCCACUGUCUCAGGGAAGCUGAAGCUGGAUGCAUCUCCUGUAAUAGGCCAGGAUAUCCCCCUCACCUUGGCACUGCAGAAUUUGACUGCAGAUUUCAAGACCAUAAAGGUUAAACUGAAGGCUUCAGCUGUUCUCUACACAAGAAAACCGAAGGCAGAGAUCUUGCAGUGGUCUAGGUCUGUUCAACUUGGAUCUGAAGAAGUGAAAGAGAUCUCAUUCAAGAUCACCUACUCCCAGUACAAAAAUGCUCUGCUGGAUGACAGGAAGAUCCUAGUGACUGCUGUGUGUGAAGCCAGACAGGGAGCAUCACUUCUACUGGAGAAAGAUAUUGUACUUCAGGAUCCUCUUCUCACCAUUGAGGUCCUUGGUCCAGCAGUGGUGCACAAGGCCACUAACGUGCUGGUCACAUUUACCAACCCGCUGUCUGAAGUGGUGACAGACUGCGUGCUGAGAGCAGAAGGCAGCGGCCUGCUCAAAGAGCAACUUAAAAUCAAUGUGGCAAGAAUGGCCCCCAUGGAGACCUCAACAGCUGAGUUUGAGAUCAUUCCCUACAGGAGCGGCAUCAGGCAGCUUCAGGUGGACUUGGCUUGCAUCCGAUUUUCAAACAUCAAGGGAUUUGUGAUGCUUGAUGUGGCUCCUGCCCAGUGAUACAACCUUUACACCAGUUCAGUUUUGUCUUGGUUCACGAGACUGGCACAGUGCUCAAACAUUAUAAGGACUAGAAAUGUAGAAAUGCAGAUUACUCGGCCAAAGCAAGUGACAAAAUAUGAACUGAAAUCAACAAAAAGGUACUAUACACUGUACUGUUCUUAGUUUUGCAUAGUAGCUCAGGAGAAAGUUUCACAGCAAAAACUUAUGCCUAUACAGCUUUGUUGAUAGAAAUGACAUACUUUCUGUCUGCACCUUCCUAAUUUAAGUGCUGCCAAAAGCUUUCAGGAUUUACAUGAAUAUAACUCUGGCCUGACUGCUGUUUCAUUGCUUUUUAAAUACAAAUGACAGCAAGACAAAGGUGCCAGUCUGGAAGAUUUGCUGCAGGAAAUACUGACUAAGCUAUUCUACUGGCUCAGAGGGAAUGACCCUAAACUGUAUCAUCUUCAUAAGAAAUGGCAGCAGUUUCCUUGGAGUAUUUACUAUUUUAGGCUUUGCUAAGCCUAAACAUAAGCAAUUUCCUGAAAAUAAAAAUUAAUGUGUGUAGAGAUCCACUUUAGAUGCUCUCUGGUUUUGUAACAUUGCCUGCUUCUAGUCUGAAUCUAAUUUAGGCUGUAAUAGUCAUCAGAAUCUAUAAGCAGCACAGGCAAACAGUCAGUGCAUUGGUCCUAAUUAUUUUGGAAUGAUGCGCUUUGAUUACAUUGGACCUGGGGGGGGGGAAGAGGGAGAGUCACAUGGGUAAAGAUUGGGUGUUUUUUGUUUACUCCAGUUCAGCAACUUCUCCCUGCUCUACCCUGAAGAAUUGGCUGAACUUGUCAGUGAGACCACUUGAGAAAAAGGAGCCCACUACAAGUAUUGCUGUUUCGUGCUAGCUUGACUUUCAGGGCUGUUAAGCACCCAGACCUGCUGCUACGUGCCUCCCUCAGCCCUUCAUCUGCAUCUUACAAAACCACUGCAUCCACCCUCCCAACUUACAACAGAGCAACUGCCACCUGUUGCUUUACGCCAAGCAGACAGGAGAAAAGCAAAACUGAUUUUUCAGUUUGCAGAGGCAGAUACUGUGCAGCACUUCCAGAAACGCUCAGGAAGCAGGCUGGUAGAAAAGGCUCAGGACUGUAUCAGAAGGAUUACGAUGAUUCACAUUUAGCAGUCGUGUAUCCUCUUUCCACAGAGCUGCUAAAAGUAGGUCACCAUCCUCUAUCAGAAAGGUACUGUGACACCCAUAUCUCAAUCCCAACAAGGGAUCAAUAUAUUCCUUGCAACAAAGAAACUAAAAUUAACAAAGAUAGAAAUUUUCCUAAGAUACUGUUUGUCCAUUUCCUCCUACCAACACCUAGCAUGAGGGAUGCCUAGGAACCGAGCCUCAGCUUCCCCAAAAAUAAUGUUUCAGAGACUCAAACUGAUUCUGUGACAGAUUAAACCGAGGCCUCAUUCAAAUUUCUUUGAUUUGAAGCCAACGCAAUCUUCAAAACACGUAAAUUUCUGUUUUAUUACAUCCUUUACACUACUCUGCCACCCACAUAUAUACUUACAAGGGUCCCCAAAGCUAGUCAAAACCAGUCAGUCCAGCAAGACUGGAAUGAAGACUGAAAAGGGCACACACAUAUGGAUGCAGGAAUUUGGAUUUCUCCAGGCAAAGCAGAGGGGGAAUGAGUAGCUUUGCACCUAUCAAUUAAGUCUUACAGAAUCUUGGAAAGUCAGGGUAUAAAAUCCACCAUUCACCUCAGAAAGGGCCUUGAGGUGGUGAUUAUAUUCACAACGUCUCAUUCAGUCCUGCAAGAACGCAGACUGACACUGCAGAAUGACAUUACACUCAACUGCAGAACAGCUAAGCCAUUUAAAUUCCUCCACUAUUUGUCCUUAAAUACAACCCAGGAAAUGAUCUAACACGGUGUUUGUCACAAGAGCUUGGCAUCACCUCAUCCUAAUUAACUAUUUGUAAAGGAAGCCUACUGUUCAAAGGGAAAUCAGCAGGAGCACUUGUGCAAAGUCCUUUGCUUUGCAACACGUGGGGUUGCUGGGUUUUUGGGGUGUCAGCAUUAACUGCCCUCAGCAACCACACCCAGCUCAGCUGCAGUGCUAAAACACAGAUUUAUCUGUCCAGCAAUGUACAAGAAAUACACAUUCCUCCUGUGUUAUACAACUGCUCAAUUAAACUAAUAAUUAUUACAGAGAAAAAUGUUAAAAUGCCUGAAGAAAGAUUUAAACGCUUUGACCAAACCUACAAUCUUUAUAGAGCCCUUAGUCAGAAGUCCACAGGAGUUAGUAGAGUAACACGCAGCUAAUUAUCAGCAUUUUGCUUUAUAAAUAUGCCAUUUAAACCUGAACAUGCACAAGAGGCUGGCCCAGCCCUCAUUCCACUCCGAUUAAUCCAGUAAGUAAUAACAAUAAUGUGAGCACUAGCAGAAAUCAAACAUUCACACUAUGAAUUUGGCUGGAAAGGUCUCAAAGACAGUAAAUGCUUCUCCACAAAACUGUUUUCUUGAUAUAAUUUUCUCAGGCCUUGAUUCCAACAGGCAAUUAAAUACUACCCUUCUACAGAUUUAUCUUUUUAAUGUGAGAUAGCCCAAGUUGGUUGUUUCAAAGCACUGGGUUGCUUUGGCUCUCACCAAAGCUGCUUUAACACACCUAUCACACACCUGCUCAGCGUGGCCAACACUGCUCACCAUAAAAGGCAAUAAAAGACACAGUGUAAGCUCUGGAGAGACAAGAAGUCACACCCACGACUAAAAUUCACCUCUAAUACAUGGAUGUGCCAUGUCAGAGGUAGAGCUGUAUGUAUUUUUUAAUCACUGCAUUCAGAAAGAGAUCUAGUCAUUAACAAUGCUAAUGUAAUACUUUAAGAUUCUAUUUGUAAAGGUAAUAAAGAUGAUAAAGAACUUUAUAGAUUCAUAUUUGGACAUAUAAACACCAGAAAUCCCCAACCCUAUAAAGAUAACACAGUAACAGCCAGGCAGGAUGGAUACUUCUAAGAAUCCACACUUCCAAGGAUCCUAGGGAUCACUUCUCUUUUAGAUUUCUGUGAGCAUGUCAGGGAUGUAAUGGACACACAACAUGCCUGAAUGAAGUCCUUCAGAAGAAGCUGUGCUUUUGCUGUACAAAAAUCUACUCAUGUUAUAAAGCCAUUUAAAUCACUCAGGACCAAAAAGUUACGAGGAACUUCAUAGAGUCAUAAACAAAACAAAAAAACAGACAAUAUAACAAUCAUUGAAAUUCAGCACAGUUGGAAAGCAAUUUUUAGUCACCCAUGAUGCAGAAUGUUACAUCAGCUGUAUCAAGAGCAGGAGAUCCCAGCAGAAACAGGCGACUCAACCAAGAUUACAGCAUCUCAUGUUUCUAUGAUUUCCACUAAUGACAUGUUAGAUUGCAAAGCAGACAGGAGGGGAGUACUACAAAGAAUAUUGUUAACAAGAGCUCCAAGUGAAAUUAGUACAAGAUAAUGCUUUGCUUGCAGGGGUGGGGCUCAUGCACAUCCUUCUCAGGCAUCUGGUGUUACGUAUGUACUGGCAGAGACAAGAUUAAAUUGGAUGAACCUCCAUUCUGAUCCAGUUUGGCAAGUUGUACAUGCUUAUGCUUCUGUUGCAUUUUAGAGAGUAGUGCAGGUUUGGACUUGGUUAAUUCCAAGUGAACGAAUAAUGAUUCUUACUGAAACCUUACAAUGAAGCAGGGAAUUCACUCAGUUGCUUCAUGGAUCUUCUGUACAUGUUGGUAAACAUACUAAUGGUGGUGUUAAUGAUAUUGAAGUCUCAGAGGUUGAAAGCAGGGUGCUGCUGGUCUAGUUGCAAUUGCAGUUUUACAAACUGUGGUACAUAUCACAAGUAUAAUGUGUGUUAAAUCUGUGAACAAAUAACAUUGACAGCUAGCAGCUGUUCAGUAAAAUGAACUGGAACUUUAUCUUUCUGGAGACAGAAACACAUAAGUAAUAUCUAUUUGAAAAGCAUAGAAAAGAACCACCAUUAAAGCAAACUCACAAGACAAAAUAAGUCAUAACAGUACUGAAUUUACGUUUCACAAUUCAGAUUAAAAAAUAAAGCAAAACCUAUUUGUCUGAAGUGCCUGAUCUUUUCUGAAGAAUCCUAGGGCAACACCUCCGGAAAACCUAUAUGAUAGAGCCACCUGUCAUCGUAUCUGAAGAACUGCACACUUCUUCAUUUCCUGACACAGAAGAUAAUGCUAUCAAGAAGUGCUGCAGUGAAGGCAGGCAAUCAGUAAGAGCAGAGAACUUGCAUACGCAGCUCCAAGUUCAGUUACACUGAGUGCACAGAAGAAAACAGUUCUUCAAAACAUUGGUGUAACUACCAUUUAACACCAAAAUGUAAGGAACACAAAUACUUCUAGGCAUACUUUGGAAAUAUCUAUCAACAUACUUAAAAGUGCUUGUAUAGAGACACAAACUGCUGGCUGCUUAUAGCAAAUGGACAAACCAGUCUCAACUCAGCUGCAAAUAGCAGGGGGGUUGAAACUAGAUGAUCAUUGUGGUCCUUUUCAACCCAGGCCAUUCUAUGAUUCUUGACUGUGCAGUUACAACUGCAAUAUAUAAAACUGGCAGCACCAGCAGUAUUUUUAGCACCAGCAGUAAUACUGGCAGUGCUUGGGCUUGCCUUUACCAAACUCUGGAUAAGACUCUGGAUAAGUUGGUUUAAACUAACAGAUGAAACUAACAAGUCUCAAGAAAAAACAACUCAUGAAAACCUGAUAUACCACAGAGACAGGGAACUCACACGUAGGAGAUCUCAGCACUUCCUCCUGCUGAAUGUUUGCUUCAGAUCCUGGAUGUAAAAUCUCAGGUAUCUAAUUUCAGAUUGUAAAUUCUCACUGGACAGAAUGCCAGUAAAGCACUUCAGCACUGCUGAUGGAAGUCUCUUUAGUACGUCUUUUAGUAUUACUCUAAAAAUAAUGCCUCCUAUUUAUUCCCAUGGAAACUAUGACAAAGAGCACAACAAUAUUAUUUGAU